CGUCGUUCACAAGCAGCUAUAGCGAUAAGUGAAAUGUGAUAUACAGAAAAGUUUGUCAACAGGACAUAUUUUUAGAAUGGUUUCUUAUUCAAGUGAAUUCGCCCCCAGCCCCACCACACACACACACUGAGUCAAAUACGCAAUCGUCACUAGUUACACCUGUUCAACUGCAUUUAUAAAAAAGGCGCUACACCGUAAACAGCAGGAAAAUGUUGGCUUCAGAGUUGGUGACCCUUUUGGCUGUUUUCAACGCCACCCUAAACCAGUAUGGAUAUGAAUCCCAUCCAUUUGCAGUGAGAUGCUACAACGGCAUUAAUACAAUGGACAAAAAAUUUCAUCUGAACUACACGGAUAACACGCUGGCCUUAACUGUUAUGGCAGCACCAGAUGUGUUUGAGAAAGCCAUGAAACCUUUUAUUUGCAAAUCAAACAUUGAUGACAUCCUCAAGAAGAGUCCAACUGAUGAAUGUAAUAAAUACUACUUGAAGAAAUUCUUCGAUAAAUAUCCUGAAACCGAUUUCCUGUCUAGUUACAACAUGCUGGGUCCCGGACAUCCAGUUAUUUUAUCACAAACAGCAGCACACGUGUCGGGGGCCGCAUAUUACUAUCAGCGCAAAGAUGUCCCUGCGGAUACCUGGCCCGCAAAUAAGACAAUUUAUGGUUUCGCCAUUCAUCCACGAUAUGGAGGCUGGGUUAGAAUCCCAGGUGUUAUCGUGUUUAAGAAUCUCACGGUACCCAGCAACUUCUCUUGUCUGACGCCUCCGGAUGUCGUUCCGACCACUGAGAAGAGGAUACAGUUGUUAAAUGAAGUGAAUAACGACUGGUCGAGUUGGAAAUUUGCCGAUAUCAUUCCUGUGGAGAAGAAAUAUACCCCUGAAGCCAAAAAGUACUUUUCCUCUUACGGUGAAAAACGAGAUAAAUUACUGAAAGAUAUCAGCAAAAGAUGUUAUCGGUGGAAAAUCUUCAAAUUGAUAGUAAAGCUUUUUAAGAAAUUUUUCCUUCGCUACAUAAAGUCUUAAUCAAAAGGAAACGUUCAAAAAAUUUCAGGUGGAACACAUCGUAGGAGAAAUAUGAAUGCGUUCUGAAAAGAUAUCUAUUUUGUCCGACCAGAUGUCCUGAUUAAAACUUAAAACUUCACCGCUAACUCACGAUAGCUAUAUUUAUCGCAUCUGCAUAAACUUAUUAUACAUGCUAUUCACUAACAUAGAUUAUCACAAUUUCCCAGAUUCUGCUUUACAAAUAAAAUUUUCCACCAAACUCAUAUCUAUUUCAAGGAGCUUUUGUUUUUGUCUUCUUUUUACUUUUCAUUAGUAGAUUUCACAUCAGCCAAUUAACUUUCUACAUACAUACAUACAUACAUACAUACAUACAUACAUACAUACAUACAUACAUAACAGGCAUAUAUACAUAUAUAUACUAAUAAUUUAGAGAAGAACCACCAUGGUGCAACUCAUACGAUGAAGGAGAUCAGACACCAUCAAGAAAAGCGUACUAUACAGAAUACUAGUCUGAAAAUCUAAAAAAUCAAAGAGAAAAUUUGUAAUACAAAAAUCUAUGAAAUAUUGGACAAAAAAUUUAAAUCAGAUUAGUAAGUUUAUAAUAACGAAAGUGAAUGAAAGACUACGCGCAUUUCAUGGCCACAUAAAAGUGGAAAAAUCUGAUCAGUCUACAGUGAAUCGAUCAAGAUAAAUACCAUUCAUAAUGAGGACACUCUUCAGGUCAAGUAACUUCCAAAAACGUAUCCUAAUAUUUAAAAACGUAUUUUAUGUCAAAUGAACUGAGACAGUGAAGCCCUUAAACUCGCAAGAUGUAACCGUAAAUGACUAUUAUGUCUCUCGUCUGUGACCUUCAUUGCACAUGUGAUAUGCAGUUGCUCAAAAAUGUAAUCUUUCGUAUGCAUCACAGUCAUAUUCACAUGCACAUAAAGCACAAACAGUCCCUCAUCCUUCCUUCCUCCCUUCCUUUCUCUCUCUCUCUCUCUCACUCUCACUGAUAUUGAUAGAUGUGUAUAAAGAGAUUAAUAAAAAGAAAUUAAAGACUUCA